AUGAAACAGUUACCUAGCCUGGGUUCCAUCCUGUCCAAUUUUUCCCAUAAUUUGGGUGAGAUACAUGAAAUCAUAUCUAACACCCCACUGUCUCGUGGUCUCCAAACAGCAUACCUCGUUAUCAGUCUGGUCAUCGCCGCAGGAUGCAACUUACUUCUCAUUUUCUUGGUCUGGAAAACAGAGCUUCUACGGAAACCCCGUCACUACCUACGGUGUAACCUGGCGCUGGAAGACAUCAUCUUCACAGGAUGCAUGAUUCCGUCGGUGAUCUAUCUCCUUUUCAGCGAUUACGUCAGUAUCAGCCGACAUUUGACGUGUGUCGAACCGUUGGUGGUCCCAAUGUCAACAGUGUCAAUGUUUGGUACGUACCUCCUCAUGGCAAUAGAGCUGUACUACUUCAUAUGUCAUCCGCUGCACUACGGUACUAACGUCACUACAAAGCGCGUCUUCAUCGGGAUAGUUUCUGUCAGAGCCUUCGCCUUGUUCUUUGGGGUCGGGCCUACGGUUAUCAAACGAUUGCAGAACUCCGACGACAGCCUACUAUGUCAGCUAGAGCCUUUCAACAGCACCAACCCGGCCGCCAUCUUCAGAAACAUUUGCGGACUUUCCGUAGUGUUUGCCGUCUUGGCCAUCCUCAUAAUCUACUACAUUGUCUACAAGGAAGCCAGGAAACAACAAGAGAGGGAUGAGCAGCGUCACUUGUGGCUUUGCCAGAUCAAAGCCUUCAGAAAACUGGCACCACAUAUCGUUGUCUUAGCUGUGUCUGUGGCAUCCUACCUAUUCCUGGUUGCCUCGGGUCGGGCUGUGCUCAAUGGUGGAGAGAAGGUAUCAACUUCUCGGCUCAUAACAGUCGUAGUGGCCAAUCGGAUCUUCCUGACGGUAUCAUCGAUGGUAAACCCCAUCAUCUACAGCUUCAGGCAGCCAGAGUUCCGACGAGCUCUGAGGGAGUUGUGCGGCUUGUCUAACAGUAACAACAUACCUUUGGUACCACCACCACCACCACCUGUACACCGAGGGCAGGGCGUGGCCGUUAUCAACUUUCCGGUCCACCAUGAUGAAGAGACAUCAGACGAAGCGCUCACGGCAGCAUCACUUUCUCAAAAUGCAAACGGACAGCAUGGAGAACAGGCACCACCUUCCAGUCCAGACCAAAUACAGGCAGAGACAGAAGGACAACAGGCAGAGCAUGGAGAACAGGCACCACCUCUCAGUCCAGACCUAACACAAGCAAAGACGCGUGGCCAGCAGACAGAGGUACACGACGAACGAGCACCUGGCCACUGUGAAGCAGAGGCCGUACUGACCGUACAGGCGGACGUACAUCUCAACCCAACACCACCUACUACGGCUGAACGCAGCGGUCUGCCGAAAUCAGCCCCUCCUCAACAACACGGUCGAAAGAUGACAGUCGAAACUUUUCCACCAGAACCAAAAAGCCAGAAAGACGAGGACGUCAUCGAUGUCUGUGGCAAAAAAGAGACGGUAAUCACGAGAGAACGCGUCCGAAAGUUGGCAUGGCAUGACUGCCAUGAGAGCAAAGUCUGA